UGUGUGUUUCUCUCAGGCUGCUCUCUCUGUCGGACUCUUUUCCUCCGGACUCUCACUGAAGGACGAUGCCCCCCCCCAGCCCCCGGCCUCUUCUUCAGGAUGACCUGCUGUGAUGAAGGCUGAAGUGUGAGGACUCGGCGCCCCCCGCUGGACCCCCGCUGCUCUGCAGGCCAUGGCUGAGCCCAGCUACUCCGACCUGAUCGCCACACACUACAACUUCACCGGGAAGUACCGCAAGCCGCAGCAGAACUCGGGCCUGAAGGCGGACUCCGUGGUCUUCAUCAUCGUGUGCUGCUUCAUCAUCCUGGAGAACAUCCUUGUGCUCACCACCAUCUGGAGGACCAAGAAGUUCCACAAGCCCAUGUACUACUUCAUCGGGAACCUGGCGCUGUCCGACCUGCUGGCCGGUGUCGUCUACACCGCCAACAUCCUGCUGUCCGGCGCCAACACCUACAAGCUGACGCCCACGCAGUGGUUCUGCAGGGAGGGCAGCAUGUUCGUGGCGCUGGCGGCGUCCGUCUUCAGCCUGCUGGCCAUCGCCAUCGAGCGCCACCUCACCAUGCUGAAGAUGAAGCUGCACAACAACGGGAACACGUGCCGCGUCUUCCUGCUGAUCAGCACCGUGUGGAUGAUCGCGGCGGUGCUGGGCGGCCUGCCGCUGAUGGGCUGGAACUGCAUCAACAGCAUGACGCGCUGCUCCACCGUGCUGCCGCUCUACCACAAGACCUACAUCCUGUUCUGCACCACCGUCUUCAGCAUCCUGCUCCUGGCCAUCGUGGUGCUGUACGCCCGCAUCUACGCCCUGGUGCGAACGCGCAGCCGCAAACUCGUCUUCCGCAAGGUGUCCAACGGCCGGGGCAACGCCGGCGCCAACAUCAAGAGCUCGGAGAAGUCGAUGGCGCUGCUGAAGACCGUGAUCAUCGUGCUGAGCUGCUUCAUCGCCUGCUGGGCGCCGCUCUUCAUCCUGCUGCUGCUGGACGCCGCCUGUGAGACCCUCAGUUGCCCCAUCCUCUACAAGGCCGAGUGGUUCCUGGCGCUCGCCGUCCUCAACUCCGCCAUGAACCCGCUCAUCUACACGCUGACCAGCAACGAGAUGCGCCGCGCCUUCCUCAAAACGCUGCUGUGCUGCACCGCCUGCCUCCGGCCCAAGUCCAAGUUCACCGGUCCGAUCAUGGGGGUGGAGUUCAGCCGCAGCAAAUCGGAUAACUCCUCCCACCCCAACAAGGACGAGGCCGAGUACUCGCCGAGGGGCACGACAGCGGCGUCCUCGGGGAACGUCACCUCAUCGUCUUAAGCAGGUCGUAGAGUUUGUGUUUCUGAACAGCGCCCAGCGGCGCCGCCACAGACCUGAACCUCCAGCACUUAGAGAGACUUUCAGACUGGUGAGCCUGCGAGACUCAGAGAGAGGCAGCUGCACUUUUUAAGAAGCUCACGCCGGAAAUAGUCCUCCACGCAGCUGCGGGACGAUCAGCUUCAUGUGGAUCCUGGAGGUUCAGAACAUGAAGAAGGUUUAUAGUCCAGUUGCCAGCAUCGUGAACCCGGACACGUUGAGGACCCCAAAGUUCAAUGCUAGAAAUAUAUAGCAGGGGUCUCCAGCACAUAGAAACUGCAGGAUGCUAACCUGCACAUGUUGGGCAAUUUGCACAAUAGUUAAAAAAUGGUUUGCGAUUUGGACAAUUUUGGAGGGUUAUGGGGGGUUAUUGAGGAUUUGGAAACCGAUUCUGACAAAUACAGGAUGGAAAUUGGCAGAAAUGGGCCAUAUUUGUUCUCUUUGUGGGCUGAUUUUGACUACCAUGAGUAGUGUUGGGACCUGUGGAUAUAGAGAGCACCAAAUAAAUAGGCUAUCCAAUCCAAAUGAUCCAGAGUCCCCUAAAUCUUCAACAUCGACCCUAAAUUCAUCAGAAGCACUCCACCAACAGUACCGAUAUGUCCAGCAUCGUCAAUAACCCCAAAAACUGUCCAAAUUGGCCUCGCCAUAAUGGUACUUAUGCUAAUUGUGCAAAUGGCCAGACUCAUGCAGUUUCUCUACGGAGACCCCUGCUAUACGUUUCUAACAUAAAACUUUGGGGUACUCAACAAUUCAGGGUUCACUUUGGGACUCAACUGGAUUAUUCGAAGGUGUACGGAUGAAGAUGAAUAUACAACAGAUGUGAGCUUCAUAGAAAGUGCUCGUGGUCCUCAUAGAAGAAGAAGAAGAAGAAGAAGAAGAAGAAGAAGAAGAAGAAGAAGAAGAAGAAGAAGAAGAAGAAGAAGAACCAGACUUUGUACUGACCCUCUAAGAACAACUAGAACCCGUAGCGCUUAAAGACACAGCUGUCAAAUAUUUAAGAAUUCAAAUUAAUUCCUGGAGAUUUUUCUUUGUUUGCUCCAUUUCCCUUAAGAAUACUUAACCCAUGAAUUCAGACUUCAGGCGCUUCUCCAGAUCCAAGACUUUGGUUCAUUGUCUGUUUCUGGUGGUCACAGACAAACAAGACAAUGAGAUGAUUAACCGUCUUGGUUCACAGAGAGUGACCUGAACUGGGAAUUCUGGCGGUCAUGUGACAUUUUUGUAAAAAGUUAACUGUAAAAGUUGUAGAAACUGUCGGUCAGAAUGUAUUUUCUACUUCCUGUCUGUGUCGUUGUCAUUGUGCCGUAGAGACGUCGGUGUAGUGGAAAUAAUUUAUAUUUGAAAGAAAAACACACACAUCACAAACGAGAGGAGGAACGUUUUGUACAGUCGUGCUUCAGAAGUAUGGAAGCUCAUUACUGCCAAGGAAAAUAUCUAUACAUUUGAAUGAACUGUUCUUACACAUCUCUUUAUCAGGUCUUCUGGACCCCUCAAAGCGUCACACACUGCGACUCAUUCCUGCAGAGCAGCACCACUUGCUCUAGGGAAGCUAACACUCACACACACUCACACACCAUUGGCCAUCGGGAGCAACUCCGGGUUCAGUAUCUUGCCCUAGGACAGAACGGGCUGGGAUUGAACCCUCAACCUACUGGAUGAAAGACGACCACACCCCCCCACAGCCACAAUCACCCCUCAAAAAAGUUAUCAUUUUCAAGCAAGUUUAUUAUUAACCUUAAAAACCAACGAUCUCAAGACCAGUUUUUGGGACAUCUGAAGUCGUUCCAAUCACUUGAAUGAAAUGCAUAAUUUUGGGAAAUUCAUUAUAAUUAUAUCUUUUUGGUAUUCAUUUAAUUUUGAUGUUUUUUUCUGAGAAAUUUCACGUUUUCAGAAACUAAAUAAUUGACAUGUGAUUUUGAUUUUGUUUGGCAGAAAUGGGCUUCCGUACUCAUCUCUCGUCACCACGGUGACCUGAUUGAUUAAUCCCAUUAAUGAAUUUGUGUUUGUUGACGUCCAGCCUGAACUCGUCUGCACUGUUUAACUCCUGAGUGUUUGUUGGUUUGUUAGAUCUUAAUAAAGACAGAAAUAGAAACACACCAUUCUGGCGGGAAAAGCUGCUUUCACAUCUCAUUAGAAAUGCUCUACAAGAAAAAUAGUAAUAAGGAUCUGCCGUAUUUCCUAAAACUACCUGAGCUUCAUGAAGUUAAGGCAGUUAGUUUGUACCUUGUGUUGGAGCACGGGAAGAAGCGGAAGAAUAAGGAUUCCUUGCUGGUCCCACAGAGGGGAAAGACCCAUCCUAGUGUUGGGAGCAGUGGGCUGCCAUACAUACGGCGCCCGGGGGAGCAGUGUAGGGAACAGUGCCUUGCUCAGGGACACCACGGUAGACCUUGGUCUUUCAGGGACUUAAUCUGGUGACCUUAUUAGGGAGAAUUGUGAGAAUAAAAGAAGGAUUUCUGACUUUGAUCCCAGAAUUCUUAGAAAGAACUUGAUUCUGACAUUUUGUUGCUGAAAGUCUCAAAAUUCUGAGAAAAAAGUCAGAAUUCUGAGACUUUAAGAAUAGUCAGAAUUUGUUCUUCUUCUCAGAAAUACUUUGAAUGUCUUUUAAACUCAGAAUUCUGAAAAAAAUAAAAAGCUUGACUUUUUU